GUUCCGUCCACAAUGGCCACAGCGUUACCCCGGACCCUUGGAGAGCUGCAGCUCUAUCGAAUCCUGCAGAAAGCCAACCUCUUGUUCUACUUCGAUGCCUUUAUUCAGCAGGGAGGGGACGACGUCCAGCAGUUAUGCGAGGCGGGAGAAGAGGAAUUCCUCGAAAUCAUGGCCCUCGUCGGCAUGGCUAGCAAACCGCUUCACGUCCGAAGACUUCAGAAGGCUUUGAGAGACUGGGUCACGAAUCCAGGCCUUUUUAACCAGCCUCUUACUUCCUUACCGGUCAGUAGCAUUCCAAUAUAUAAGUUACCGGAAGGAUCUCCUGCUUGGUUGGGAAUAUCAUGCAAUAGUUAUGAAAGGAAUAGUAAUACGCGCGAGCCUCACUUGAAGAUCCCCAAAUGCGCCGCGACGACGUGCAUUCAGAGCGUGGGCGCAGGGAAGUCGGACAGUGCGGGGGCACUGCCGCUGCAGAGCGGCAGUGAACAGAGACUGUGGCACGGCCACCACGCCACCGAGAGUGAACAUAGCCUCUCCCCGGCGGAGGUUGGCUCUCCAGCCUCACCAAAGGAAAACCCGGAAACCUUGGACACGGCGGCGGCGCUGUCGGUCACCGAGUGCGUCGAGCGCCUGGUCCCCACCCUCCCCAAAAGCGACCUGAACGAAGUGAAAGAACUGCUGAAAAUAAACAAGAAGCUGGCCAAGAUGGUGGGCCACAUCUUCGAGAUGAGCGAUGAGGACCCUCACAAAGAGGAGGAGAUCAGGAAGUACAGCGCCAUCUAUGGCCGGUUCGACUCGAAAAGAAAAGACGGCAAACAUCUCACCCUUCAUGAGCUCACUGUUAAUGAAGCGGCUGCCCAGUUGUGUGCGAAGGAUAACGCCUUGUUGACCCGGCGGGACGAGCUCUUUGCACUGGCGCGGCAAAUCUCUCGAGAAGUUACGUACAAGUAUACUUACCGGACCACCAAGUCUAAAUGUGGAGAAAGGGAUGAGCUGUCUCCAAAGAGAAUUAAGAUAGAGGACGGCUUCUCCGAUUUCCAGGAUGCGGUCCAGAGCUUCUACCAGCAGGAUUCCAUCAAAAUUCAGCAGGCGCUGUCAAAAGGGAAGUGUGAAGACCUGGCAGGGCUCGGUUCACAG